GUUUUUCCGGUAUUGUGCCGCCUCGUCGUCGUGUGUGUCUCUGUGAAUGUGUUGUAAAGAUGUCCGCCAGUGUGGCUAAACAGCCUUCUAAAAAUGCUCCUAAAACCAACGCAGGAGCCACCGGAGCAGCGGGGGCAACCGGUGGGCCCCCAGUUAUUCCUCUCGCCUCCCCGCUGAUGGGGAAAAAGAAGAAACCUUUUUUAGGGAUGCCCGCCCCGCUGGGAUACGUUCCCGGGUUGGGCAGAGGGGCUACUGGUUUCACUACCCGAUCUGAUAUCGGUCCAGCUCGUGAUGCCAAUGAUCCAGUUGAUGACCGUCAUGCACCCCCGGGGAAAAGGACGGUUGGGGACCAAAUGAAGAAGAACCAGGAUGAUGACGAUGAAGAUCUAAAUGACACUAAUUACGAUGAGUUUAACGGCUAUGCAGGAAGCUUGUUCUCCAGUGGACCGUAUGAAAAGGAUGAUGAAGAAGCAGAUGCAAUAUAUGCGGCUCUGGAUAAAAGGAUGGAUGAAAGACGCAAAGAAAGAAGGGAGCUGAGAGAAAAAGAAGAGAUAGAGAAAUACCGUAUGGAGCGACCCAAAAUUCAGCAGCAGUUUUCCGAUUUAAAGAGGAAAUUGGCAGAGGUCUCAGAGGAAGAGUGGCUUAGCAUUCCUGAAGUGGGAGACGCCAGGAAUAAGCGCCAGAGAAACCCACGCUAUGAGAAACUCACUCCUGUACCAGAUAGCUUUUUCUCCAAGCACCUUCAAACGGGAGAGAACCACACCAGUGUUGACCCUCUCAAGGGGCUUGGUGGUCUUAACACACCGUACCCAGGAAGUAUGACGCCAGGCCUGAUGACGCCGGGGACAGGAGACCUGGACAUGAGAAAAAUUGGUCAGGCCAGGAACACACUCAUGGAUAUGAGACUCAGUCAGGUUUCUGACUCGGUCAGUGGUCAGACGGUGGUGGAUCCCAAAGGCUACCUGACGGACCUCAACUCGAUGAUCCCCACACACGGAGGAGACAUCAGUGACAUUAAAAAGGCUCGUCUGCUGCUGAAAUCUGUGAGGGAGACGAACCCUCAUCACCCGCCUGCCUGGAUUGCCUCGGCUAGGCUGGAAGAAGUGACUGGCAAGCUGCAGGUGGCCCGCAACCUCAUCAUGAAAGGCACAGAGAUGUGUCCAAAGAGCGAGGAUGUGUGGCUGGAGGCAGCCAGGCUACAGCCCGGCGACACGGCCAAAGCUGUUGUAGCUCAAGCUGUCCGGCACAUGCCGCAGUCGGUCCGAAUCUACAUCAGAGCCGCCGAGUUGGAAACGGACGUCAGAGCCAAGAAAAGAGUCCUCAGGAAAGCCUUGGAAAACGUGUCCAAGUCAGUCCGUCUGUGGAAGACAGCUGUUGAACUCGAGGAGCCAGAAGAUGCCAGAAUCAUGCUGAGCAGAGCUGUGGAGUGUUGCCCUACAAGUGUGGAGCUGUGGCUGGCUUUAGCUCGACUAGAGACAUAUGAGAACGCCAGACGUGUCCUGAAUAAGGCCCGUGAGAACAUCCCCACCGAUCGCCAUAUUUGGAUCACCGCCGCAAAGUUGGAGGAAGCCAAUGGCAACACACAAAUGGUGGACAAGAUCAUCGAGAGAGCCAUCACCUCGUUGCGUGCCAACGGCGUGGAGAUUAACAGAGAGCAGUGGAUACAGGAUGCAGAAGAGUGCGACAAAGCUGCCAGCGUGGCCACCUGCCAGGCCAUAAUCAGAGCAGUCAUCGGGAUCGGGAUCGAAGAGGAAGACCGCAAGCACACAUGGAUGGAGGACUCUGAUAGUUGUGUGGCCCAUGGAGCAUUGGAGUGUGCCAGGGCCAUCUAUGCUCAUGCUCUGCAGGUGUUCCCCAGUAAGAAAAGUGUGUGGCUUCGAGCUGCCUACUUUGAAAAGAACAACGGAACCAGGGAGUCUUUGGAGACCCUGCUCCAGAAAGCUGUGGCUCACUGUCCAAAGGCGGAGGUACUCUGGCUCAUGGGAGCCAAAUCCAAAUGGCUCGCUGAAGACGUGCCCGCCGCCAGAAGCAUCCUCGCUCUGGCUUUUCAGGCUAACCCCAACAGUGAGGAGAUCUGGCUGGCUGCUGUCAAGCUGGAGUCCGAGAAUAACGAGUAUGAGAGAGCCCGUCGGCUGCUAGCCAAAGCUCGGAGCAGCGCCCCCACAGCCAGAGUUUUCAUGAAGUCCGUCAAGUUGGAGUGGGUGUUAGGGAACAUUGAAGCCGCUCAGGAGCUGUGCACAGAGGCCCUCAAACACUAUGAGGACUUUCCCAAACUCUGGAUGAUGAGAGGCCAGAUUGAAGAGCAAUGUGACAACAUGGAUAAAGCCAGAGAGGCCUACAACCAGGGGUUGAAAAAGUGUCCCAACUCAGUGGCCCUGUGGCUGCUGACUUCGCGUCUGGAAGAGCGAGUGGGACAGUUGACCAGAGCCAGAGCCAUCCUGGAGAAGGCGCGACUGAAGAACCCGCAGAGUCCCGAGUUGUGGUUGGAAUCAGUCCGAUUAGAAUUCCGCUCAGGACUAAAGAACAUUGCAAAUACGCUGAUGGCCAAAGCUCUGCAGGAAUGUCCCAAUUCAGGCAUUCUGUGGGCCGAGGCAGUGUUUUUGGAGGCCAGGCCUCAGAGGAAGACCAAGAGUGUGGAUGCUUUGAAGAAGUGUGAACAUGAUCCACACGUGUUGCUCGCUGUCGCCAAGUUGUUCUGGAGUGAGCGUAAGAUCACCAAAGCCAGAGAAUGGUUCCUCCGCACCGUGAAGAUAGAGCCUGACCUGGGAGAUGCCUGGGCUCUCUUCUACAAGUUUGAACUGCAGCAUGGAACAGAAGAACAGCAGGAAGAAGUGCGGAAACGCUGUGAUAAUGCCGAGCCGCGUCAUGGCGAGUUGUGGUGCGCUGAGUCCAAACACGUCCUGAACUGGCAGAAGAAGACAGUAGAGAUUCUUGCACAAGUUGCAAGCAAGAUCAAAAACACGUUCUGAGACUGAGGAGCUGCAUUCAACACGUCGCUAAACCUCAGUCAAAUCACCGGGAUGGAGUUUAACAGAUCAGCUUCAUUGCACGCUUGCAUCAGACACAAUGUCAAUUGUUAAUUGUCUAAUUUACAUCUAGCGUUGGGAUUAAGUGUGGAAUUAGGCUUUCAUAACAAUCUUUAAAUAGAAGUUGCAGCCUAUCAUGUGGGCAGUUUUUUUUAGCCCGUGACUGCUUGAUGACACAAUGGUGAUUGAGUCUUAAUCCCUGUGUGCAGCUACUUCUGUAAAAGAUAAUCGAAAGUGUUCCUGAUUGUGCAUUUAUUUAGUUUAUGAAUACAAUGUCUUUGUUGCUUGUGUUUUAAACUAACCUCUUUUUGCAGCAGUGAAGCGUCCUGCAUUCCAGAAAAAAAACACCACCAUAAAAAAUAAAAUAACAAAACACCUUUGAAACCAGCGCGAAAGAGAAAGAAUUUGAGAAAUGCGUCUUUUGGUGCCAUCCUAAUUGUUUGAUUUGAGCUAAGGAGUUAGGCUCAUUUAGUUUUUAUCUCAUCCCUUCUUCUGUUGUAGUCUUCGUUUGGUAAUUUACUUGAAAUGUAUUUGCAAUCCACCCAUAAAUUCUUGCACCACAUCA